AUGGGUAGUGUUUCUUCUCUUAGUUCAUACCUCAAAGUUGUUGGUCUGGAAGAUGGGAGCAAGCAUUCCCAACUUCUCAUCGGGGUCAUCAACGCUGUCUACUGGAUCGGGGUCAUCAUAGGCGCCCUGCUGGUCGGCUCCUUCUCCGACAAAGUUGGCCGCCGCCGCGCAAUCUUGUUCACCGGAAUUCUCGCUCUCAUCGUCGUUCCAUUCUUUGCCGCUCUUCAGAAUUUUGCGUGGGCUUUGGCAUUCCGCUUCAUUAACGGACUUGCGACCGGAUCAUUCGAUUCUGUCGGGCUCAAUUACUCAGCUGAAACGGUAGACCAUCGACAUCGAGGAAGAGCCAUUGGUUUCCAGCUGUGUUACGCGGCCACGGGCGCUGGCAUCGCAUACUUCAUCCCAUUUGGGUUAGCAAAGCAGACGUCAAGCGAGGUUGUCUGGCGAUUUCCUCUGGCUUUCCAGCUCGUUUUUGUGCUCAUGGCGCUCUCGAUUGUCUGUUUUCUUCCGGAGUCACCCAGGUGGUUGGUGAAAGUAGGCCUUGCUGAAGCAGCACGUGAUGUUAUCGAGGCUGUUAAGCACGUCGACCAUCCAAUGGAUCUUCAAAGUGCUGUCGAGGCAGAGUUGGAAAGCAUCUCUCGAACGAUCGACAUGGAGCGAGAACACAAUUCUUCGACAAGCUACUGGUCGAUGUUCACUGUCCGUGACGAGCUGAGCACAGCACGUCGAACAUGGUCUGCCAUCUUCAUUCAAUUUGCAACACAGGCCAUGAUCGGGUCAGGAUUCGUGUCCGGCUACGGUAUCAAAAUCUUCGAAACGGGCGGCUGGUCUUCUGAAUUGGCCGCACUUCUCUCAGGCAUGGGCAUUCUUACUCAAGCUGCCUUUGGAGUUCCAGGCGCCUUGCUCUCUGACAAAAUAGGUCGUCGAAAUGCAAUGAUUGGUGGAGCUGCUGGAGGAGCUGUCGUUCUGGCUCUGAUUGGCAUGUGUGGCUACUUUGUCGACAAAUAUGCCGACUCCGACCCAGCACUGGCGAAGUCUUACGGGUCAGCGACCGUUGCGCUGGUCUUCAUAUGGGCAGCAGUUUUUGGUUCAACAUGGCUCUGGUGCCCUUUCACGUAUCCCUCAGAGAUCUUCCCAGCUCAAUCUCGUGCUAAAGGAAGCUCGGUAGGCAUAGUUGGCCUGGGCCUUGGUUCUUUCUUCUCUAGCAUGAUCAGUCCUUACUUGUUCACUGCAGUCGGUUACGGAGCGCUGUUCAUGAUCUGUGGAUUAAGUUUUCUUGUUGCCUUCAUUUGCUACAUGUGGAUGCCAGAGACAGCAGGAAAGACUCUGGAAGAGAUCGAUGGUCUUUUCCAUUGAGUCUCAUUCCACUAAACCUACAGAGAAACAGCACGCAUUGUAAUUGCGCAUCAACUUAGUCCCAAUGUCAUAGUUGCGAAACUACGAAGCUGCCGUUUCAUGUUUGAUGGACGGUCGAUUUGUCUUCUAUAUUUCAACUUUGUGCGAUGCUGAUUCAAUACGAGUAGACGAGGAC